AUGGGAGACUACAGCGACUUUGAAGUCAACUCUUCAACUUUCGUGCGUCCGGAAGGCCUACGCAUUGGCAGCAACACCACAGAAGCUCACCCAUCGUCCAAGCAACGCCCAGCCUACCACCCCUCCUAUGAUGCCGUUUCUGAGAACGGCUACCGCAUUAACGAGCUCAUGAUCAAUGAGCCUCCUGCUGAACCCUUCAAAGUCGUGGUCAUCGGCGCCGGCGCCGCCGGCAUUGAUUUUCUGCAUCAUGCCGUGCAAACGCUCCCACAACUCAACGUGGAGUUUGCGGUUUUUGAAAAGAAUUCGGAUGUUGGUGGGACAUGGUUUGAGAAUCGCUACCCCGGGUGUGCAUGUGAUAUUCCCAGUGCUAGCUAUCAGUUUGCCUGGUGCCCAAAUCCAAAUUGGACAAGCUAUUACUCGGGCUCGAAGGAGAUUUGGGAAUAUAUGAAGAUGAUUGCGACAAAGGAGGAUAUGUAUAAGUAUAUUACGCUGCGCACGGAAGUGAAGGAGGCCGUGUGGAAGGAAGAAAGGUCAAGGUGGAUUAUUAGCCUGGCGCAGAAAGAUCAGGCGGGAAAUGUGGUAAAGGAAUGGCAUGAGGAUGCAGAUUUAUUAUUGAACGGCACGGGAUUUCUGAAUGCAUGGAAAUGGCCAACAAUCCCAGGACUCAAUACGUUCAAGGGAAAGAUGUUUCACACAGCGCGUUAUGAGACGGGCUAUGACCUCAAGGGCAAGCGCGUUGCUGUGAUAGGGUCUGGAAGCUCCGGCGUCCAAGUCGUCGCCUCCAUCUAUAAAGACGUUUCAAAGUUGUAUACAUGGGUACGCAGUCCCACCUGGAUCACAGCAGGUUUUGGGCAGAAGUUUGCAGGACCCAAUGGCGCAAACUUUCAGUACACAGAUGAGCAGAAGGCAGAAUGGGCCCACGACCCGGAGAAGUACAGAGAAUACAGGAAGAUGAUUGAGCUGGAGCUAAAUCAGCGAUUUAAGCUCGUGCUGCGCAACACCGAAGAGUCGGACGAAGCGAACGAGUUCUCGUACAAGGAGAUGUGCAUUAAGCUUAGCAACAACCCCGGUCUCAUCGACAAGAUUAUUCCUAAAGACUUCAACGUCAGUUGUCGUCGCCCUACGCCCGGUAAUGGCUACCUCGAGUGCCUCGUCGGCGAGAAAACGACCUGCUAUACCGAUACUAUUGGCGGCAUUACUCCUAAUGGAUUCAUUACUGCCGACGGUGCCGAAGUUGAAGUCGACGUGAUCAUUUGCGCCACAGGCUUCGACACCUCCUUCCGCCCGAAGUUCCCUAUUAUCGGCCUCGACGGGAAAUCUAUAUCAGAGAAAUGGACGGGGCUUCCACUCUCGUAUGCUGCAGUAGGCGUCCCAAACGUUCCAAACUACUUCAUGUACUCUGGUCCCUUUUCUCCGGUUGCACAGGGCUCUGUGCUGCCGCUGCUCACACUGGGAACGAAGCACUUCCUCCAAGUCAUUCGCAAGAUGCGUAAGGAGCACAUAAGGCGACUCUCACCGAAGGAGGGAGCUACGAAGGAUUUUGGAGAGCAUGCGGCCAUGUAUUUGAAGCGCACGGCGUGGGUAGAUCCGUGUUCGAGUUGGUUCAAGCAGGGAACCACAGAUGGCCCGCUGGUGAUGUGGCCAGGGAGCCGAUUAGCGUUUUUCGACCACAUGGCGGAACCGAAGUAUGAGGAUUAUGAAAUUGAGUAUGUGAGUGGGAAUCGGUGGGGAUACCUCGGAAAUGGGUUUACGAAAGAAGAGUUCAGUCCAGAAGAUGAUGUGACGUUUUACUUAGAUGACGAGUAUUUGAGGGAUUAUGUGCAGAAGAAGAAGAGCUCGACAGAGAAAGUUUUAAGAAAAAGCCCCCCCCAAGAGAGAGUCGUUGUUGCCGCGGUUGCUGCAGAGGGAGAGGCAGGGAGGCCCUAUGAGGGUAAGAACGGGCGCCUUGAGGAGCUCUAA